CUCUGCAGCCCGGGAGAGCCGUGGAGCUGCCUGGGCCCCCCUCCUGAGCGGGGCGCAGAGUUGACUGGCAGCCGAGAGAAAGCCUGGACGUGCCAGGACUCGCUGCGUGUUGCUUCACCGUGGAGAGAGAGAGCAAGGAGGCGGGGUGGACUCCUGGGUUUCCUGGCUCUGAGCGAGCGGCAGCCUGCUUGUCCCGGGGGGCGCUCUGCCAUCCAGGCAGCUUGGGGCAGAGAGGCCAGGGAGCCCGCCUGCGUUGGCCGGAGGGGCUUGGGCGCCACUUGGCUCUGGCCCCAUCUCCGAGGAGACCCCUGAGGGGCAUUCCCUGCGCACCUCGGAAAGAUGCCCCCAAAGCCAGAAAGCUGCCCAGUUAGGACCAGCGCCCCUCGGUCUGCAUUCACCGCCUCAGCGACAGGCUGCUGUUAACCAACCAUGAAGCCCGGCCAGUUUCCCCACUUCUUUGGAUGCGUUCUGAUGGUGGCAGUCACCGUGGGCAGCAACCUGAGGCCAAGGCUGAGCUUUCAGAGAGGGGACCCCAGCCGUGAGGUCAGCUCCUUCAGCCAGAGGGGCGUUCUCAACUAUGACACUUUCCUCUUGAGUCCGGACAGUGCGACUCUGUACGUGGGAGGAAGGGAUGCCAUCCUCGCCCUCGAUAUCAGCAGCCCCCCCUCCAUCAGGCUGAAGGGGGAGAUACCGUGGAGCCCCACCCCAGUGAAAAAGAGGGAGUGCGUCUUCAAGAAAAAGAGUAACGAGACGGAAUGCUUCAACUUCAUCCGCAUCCUGGUUCAGCUGAACGAGAGCCAUCUUUAUACGUGUGGGACCUAUGCGUUCAGCCCCACAUGCGCCUAUGUCGAUGUGGAGAAUUUCACUCUGGUGGCGGAUGGAAGAGGCCAGCCCCUCCUUCAGGAAGGCAAGGGGCUCUGCCCGUUCGACCCUCGGCACCAGAACACAGCAAUCGUUGUGGAUGGCGAACUUUACACAGGCACCAUGAACAACUUCCAGGGGAACGAGCCGGUCAUCUCUCGGGCCCUGGGCAGUCGGACACUGUUGAAGACCGACAGCUUCCUUUCCUGGCUGCACGAUGAUGCUGUGUUUGUGGCCUCUUUCAACAUCCCAGGACCCCCCGAUGAUGAAAAGAUCUAUUUCUUCUUUGAAGAGACGGCAAAGGAAUUUGAUUUCUUUGAGAAACUGACCGUGUCCAGGGUAGCUUGCGUCUGCAAGAACGAUGUCGGGGGGGACAAGGUGCUCCAGAAGAAGUGGACCACCUUCCUGAAGGCGCAGCUCUCUUGCAGCCAGCAAGGGCAGUUCCCGCACACCGUCGUCCAGCACGUCUUCGCUGUCCCGCAGCCGAGCGGCGGCACCCUGUUCUACGGGGUCUUCGCUUCUCAGUGGCAGGCCGGGAACUUCGGCAGCUCAGCAGUCUGUGCCUUCAGCCUGGGCGCCAUCCAGAAGGCCUUCGACGGGAAAUACAAAGAGCUGAACAAGGACUGCUCCCGGUGGAUGACCUACAGCGGCCCGGCCAUGGACCCCCGGCCUGGCAGCUGUUCUGUUGGCCCCUCUUCAGAUAAAGCCCUCACCUUCAUGAAGGACCACUUCUUGAUGGACGAGAAGGUUGCCCCAGUCAAUAACCGGCCUCUGCUGGUGAAGGACAACGUGAAAUACACCCGUAUUGCAGUUCACCAAACCCAGAAGGCCUCUGGGGCUCCCUGCACCGUCCUGUUUCUGGGGACAGACAAAGGCUUCCUGCACAAGGUGGUGGUGGUCGGCCACGAGGCCCACAUCGUUGAGGAGGUCCAGCUGUUCAAGGAGCCGGAGCCCGUCCAGAACCUGCUCCUUGUCCCCGAGAAGGGGACUCUGUACGUGGGUUAUUCUGAAGGCGUUUUGCAAGUCCCGGUGGCCAACUGCAGUGUGUAUACCACCUGUGCCAACUGCCUGCUAGCGCGUGACCCGUACUGUGCCUGGGACAGGCACUCCUGCAGAGCUGUUUGGGAGGACCCCCAAAAUAGGAGCGACUGGCUGCAGGACGUUGCGCAGGGGAAGGCAGAGGCCGCAUGCCAGCGCAGCAGCAGGAAGGGACAAGCCGGGCCACGGUCGAGGAACAACUCCGAUGGGGUCUGGCUAAAAGUGUUGACCCGUCCGCUGAAUUCCGUUGUGAGGCUGCCCUGCCCUGCGGCGUCUGCACUGGCCAACUAUUCCUGGAGGUACCCAGAGGGGAGCCCGCUGCUGCUGGAGGGGCUGGUCGCCCGGGACAGCUCCGGCCUGCUUGUGUUCGUGCAGAGCCGCACCCUGGGCAAGUAUGAGUGCUGGGCCAGCGAGAACGGCUACCAGCACCGGGUGGCCUGGUACGACGUGCGCAGCGGCCUCUCCCUGGCCGGAGCUGGCAGCACCAAGGCGGGCCCGGAGCAGCAGGUGGCGCCAGUGUUGGAGUGGCGCUCCUAUUGGGCCCAGUUUGUGACCAUGACGGUGCUUCUCUCUGUGACGCUGGCCGUGGCAGUGGCCUUGGCAUUCUUCUCCUACCACAACAAGUUGAAGGCCAGGAGCAAGGUGCAGGGCUGUAGUGCCCCUGAAUCGAGCAGGACCGCGGGGCAGGAGAAGGUCCCCCUCAACGGCAGCCAGAGCCCCCCAGGGGGCCGGGAGUGCCAGGCGCAGGGCCCAGCCCAGGAAGCCGCCGACGAGGCCAAGUCCUGCUGUGUCCAGGUGGAAGGCGACGCUCAAGACGUCGACACCGACAACAACCGCCUGACCUGCCGCCUGGUGAACGGGGAUGGCACCCGGGUGGCUGCCGACGUGGAGGGAAUCUAGCCCAGCUUCACUGGGGGCAUCCUCACGGGCACUCGAGUGGGGACGAAAGGCCUCACAUGAUUGUAGCGCAGCUCCAAAACACUGCUAGGAGACGCCUGGUUAUCUCCGGUGUCCGUCUUUAAACGUUCUUUCUCA